CACUCUGUAGAACGGGGGACCCAAUAACAUCACUCCAGCAUUGUUUAACAUUUACUUUGUUGAUAUUCGUUGGUCAUUCUAGAGUCUGCACAGAUGAGUUCAUAUUUUGUUAAUCCAUUCUACUCCAAGUACAAGCCAGGAGAAGCACUAAGUCCCACUUACUAUGACUGCCGGUUUCCACAAGACGUGACCAGCAGACACGCUGUGGUCUAUGGUCCCAGCAGCGGCGCAGGCUUCCAGCACCCAGCUCAAGUUCAAGAUUUUUACCAUCAUGGGACAUCUGCACUUCCUAAUGCUGGCUUUCAACAGAAUCCUUGUGGAAUUACGUGUCAUGGUGACCCCUCUAAAUUUUACGGAUACGAUAACUUACAAAGACAGCAAAUUUUUACGACACAGCAAGAGGCCGAUCUGGUACAAUAUCCUGACUGUAAAUCGUCUAGCAGUAAUAUUGGCGAAGAACCAGAGCACUUAAAUCAGAACUCGUCUCCUACUCAAAUGUUUCCCUGGAUGAGACCUCAAGCAGCACCCGGUAGACGCAGAGGAAGACAGACUUACAGCCGAUUCCAAACUCUGGAGCUGGAAAAGGAAUUCCUGUUCAAUCCGUAUCUAACUCGAAAGCGGAGGAUCGAGGUUUCACAUGCUCUGGGACUGACUGAGAGACAGGUGAAGAUUUGGUUUCAAAAUAGGAGAAUGAAAUGGAAAAAAGAGAACAACAAGGACAAAUUUCCAACCUCUCGGAACGACGACGAGGAGGAAGAGGUCAAGAAAGAACAGGAAGAGCCUGAGCAGGAGACAACAGAAAAAGAGACCAAGUAACUUUACCCCCUUUGGCCUCAAAGCAAAACGUCAUUCAGUUUGUGCUAAUUCCACUGUUAAACGUGUUGAGCAGAAUGAA